AGCCGACAUCUGAUUAUUUUUACUAUUUACCAGUAUCUUCGCCGCUCGCGUACACACGCGCGCGCGCUACUUUUUCAUACCAGUUCGUAAAAGUUCUACUCUAACACCAUGUCCGGCCGUGGAAAAGGCGGUAAAGUCAAGGGAAAGGUCAAGUCCCGUUCCAACCGCGCCGGUCUGCAGUUCCCCGUGGGCCGUAUACACAGACUGCUGAGGAAGGGCAACUACGCCGAGCGCGUCGGCGCCGGGGCGCCCGUCUACCUCGCCGCCGUGAUGGAGUACCUGGCCGCUGAAGUUCUCGAGUUGGCAGGAAACGCGGCACGCGACAACAAGAAGACCAGGAUCAUACCGAGGCAUCUCCAACUGGCGAUCCGCAACGACGAGGAGCUGAACAAACUCCUCUCCGGUGUGACCAUCGCACAGGGCGGCGUGCUGCCGAACAUCCAAGCGGUACUGUUGCCCAAGAAGACAGAGAAGAAGGCCUAAGAGGUCGUUCGCAAGCAAGUUCGUGUGUUCGUUCACACUCGCUCAUUAAGAAAAGGCCCUUUUCAGGGCCACAAAA